AUAGUGAUACAAUAAAUUGUCCUACAAUUGUGUUUAGUCCUACAGUAAGUGCAGGGCCUUUAAUUUAAAAAACGUCUUCCCAUGAUGCAAAUGUUGAAAAAUUUUAUUUUCACUUUCACAUUCAUUGAUUCGAAUGCCCCACUUAACCAUAACCGGAUUCAUUUUUUUGAAGACAUCAAGGAUUUUAGCUAAAAAACAAAGAUUUGUCCUCAAGUAGUACUGGGCAGCCAUGCCUCGCUUUGUUCUGCUUGUGAGUCUCGUAGUUCUGCCUGUUCACCUUUGGGCUGCUGUCACUCAAGAGCACGCUUCAUUCCCCACAUCAGUCAAUGGAGAACCAUUCCCAUGGAACAAAAUGAGACUUCCAGACACAGUAUCUCCACUUCAUUACCACCUCCUUAUCCACCCCAACCUUACAAGUUUAGACUUUACAGGAUGGGUGCAGAUCCAAAUUGAGGUCCAUGAAAACACCAGGAAUAUCAUACUGCACAGCAAGGAUCUUCAUGUCUAUAAUGCAAGGUUGCUAGGUUCAGACAUAGGUCAGCCACAGGCCCUGAAGGUGCUAGAGUACCCAUACUUCCAGCAGAUUGCACUUAUAUCUGAUAAUGCACUUCUGAAGAGGGGUCAUGUAUAUUCAGUUGAACUGGAGUUUGCCGCCAACCUCUCUGAAAGCUUUCAUGGAUUUUACAAAAGCACAUACCGCACCAGCAAAGGAGACGUCAGGGCUGUGGCCUCCACACAGUUUGAGCCGACUAGUGCCCGGGCGGCCUUUCCCUGUUUUGAUGAACCUGCCUUCAAAGCAAACUUUUCCAUACGGAUUCGCAGAGAGGCAAAGCAUAUUGCCCUCUCAAACAUGCCUAAGCUCAAAACAUUAGAGCUACCAGACGGCCUGUUUGAGGACCAGUUUGAUGUGAGUGUAAAGAUGAGCACAUACCUGGUGGCCUAUAUCGUCUCGGACUUUGUGUCUAUCAGCAAGAUGAGUCAACAUGGAGUCCAGAUUUCAGUGUAUGCUGUGCCAGAGAAGAUCGACCAGGCAGAGUUUGCUCUGGACGCUGCAGUGAAGCUGCUUGACUUUUAUGAUGACUACUUUGACAUUCCGUACCCUCUACCCAAACAGGAUCUUGCUGCUAUCCCCGACUUCCAGUCUGGAGCGAUGGAGAACUGGGGUCUGACCACCUACCGGGAAUCAGCCCUUCUUUUUGACCCACACAAGUCUUCUGCUUCUGACAAGCUGGGCAUCACGAUGAUCAUCGCUCAUGAACUGGCCCAUCAGUGGUUUGGUAACCUAGUGACCAUGCAGUGGUGGAAUGAUCUGUGGCUGAAUGAAGGUUUUGCCAAGUUCAUGGAGUUCGUGUCUGUUAACAUCACCAAUCCUGAACUGCAAGUUGAGGAUUAUUUCUUGGGGAAGUGUUUCGAGGCUAUGGAGGUAGACUCCUUAAGCUCCUCUCACCCGGUGUCCACACCGGUGGAGAACCCUGCUCAGAUACAGGAAAUGUUUGAUGACGUUUCCUAUGACAAGGGGGCUUGUAUUCUGAACAUGCUGAGAGAGUUUCUGACCCCGGGUGACUUCAAAUUGGGCAUUGUGAGAUACCUAAAACGCUACAGUUACCAGAAUACGGUCAAUAGUAACCUGUGGGAAAGUCUGACCAAUGUGUGUGACUCUGAUGGGCUGGAUGAGGGCAGACUGAAGGGUGAUGAAUCUUGCCGCCGCACGGUCUCACACUCUGGAGCUUCUAAAUGGCACUCUGAGGAUGAGCUGGAUGUUAAGGCUAUGAUGGAGACAUGGACAUUGCAGGAGGGCUUUCCACUCAUUACGGUGGAGGUCAGAGGUCGUGAAGUCAGACUAAGUCAAGAGCGUUACCUCAAGAGUGAUGACCUCUCACAAACAUCUAGCUUUCUGUGGCACGUUCCAUUGACUUACAUUACCAGCGGCUCAACCACAGUGCACCGUUUCCUGCUCAAGACUAAAACAGACGUGCUGUAUCUGCCAGAGGAGGUGGACUGGAUUAAGUUUAAUGUGGACAUGAGUGGAUAUUACAUUGUGCACUAUGAGGGUUCUGGCUGGGAUGACCUCAUCAUGCUACUCAAGCACAAUCACACGGCGCUCAGCAGCAAUGACCGGGCCAGCCUCAUCAACAACGCCUUCCAGCUGGUCAGUGUUGGGAAGCUUCCCCUGGAUAAGGCCUUAGACCUAACCCUGUAUCUAAGCAAAGAAACUGAGAUUAUGCCAGUGACCCAGGGCUUCAGUGAGCUUGUGCCUCUGUACAAACUGAUGGAGAAGAGAGACAUGGUGGAGCUGGAGAAUCAGAUGAAGGGCUACAUACUGCAGCUGUUCCGGAAGCUCAUCGACCAGCAGUUGUGGACUGAUGAUGGCUCUGUGUCUCAGAGGAUGCUGCGCAGCUACCUCCUCAUGUUUGGCUGUGUGCGGGGUCAUCCUCCCUGUGUCAGAACCGCUACACACCUCUUCAACCAGUGGAGGGACUCAGAUGGCAAUAUGAGUCUUCCCAAUGACGUGCUUAUGGCUGUAUUUUCUGUUGGCGCCCGGACUGAGGAUGGCUGGGAGUUCCUGUUUGAGAAGUACAAGGAGUCCAUGUAUGUCUCGAUGAAGAGCAGGAUAAAGAUGGCCCUCACGACCAGCCCUCUCGAUCACAAGCUAAAAUGGAUGAUGGAGCAGAGUCUGCUGGGAGAGGUGAUGAAGACUCAGGAUCUUCCAUAUGUUGUGACUUCAGUCAGUAAAAAUCCUAAGGCUUACAAGCACGCAUGGGACUUUUUAAAAGCUAACUGGGACGCUCUAAUAAAGAAGUUUGAUCUUGGCUCACACUCUGUUGCACACAUGGUGGUAGGAGUGACCAACCAGUAUUCCACCAGAGAAAUGCUAGCUGAGGUUCGUAGUUUCUUCACUUCCUUGCGGGCUGAGACUGGAGCAGACCAGAGAUGUAUUCAGCAAGCCCUGGAGAACAUUGAAGAGAACAUUCGCUGGAUGGACAAGAACCUCCCCUUACUGAAGGCCUGGCUGCACAGACACCACGAGCAGCACAAAAAUACAGAGCUGUGAAGCACUGCUACUGAAAAACUCAUUGCUGUAUACAUUUUUUGUGAUUUAAAAUGAUGCAUGAAUGUUGAUGAGAACAUUGAUGUACUAAAGUGUGUGAAAUAACUGAUUCUGAAUUUGUGAAUAUAGGGUAAAUAUUUUUGAAUAGCUGUACCAUUUCUUAUAAAGGUAUGAUUUAACAUUUCCGUCUGUCUCCAACUUUAGUAUUGAAAUUAAGGAUUUUUUGUCAUACAUACUCUAGAAAGCAUAAAUUAUGCUGCAACACAGCUUAUUUUCUAGCAUUCAGUUCUACAAUUUGCAAAAACAAGCCACGCAAGUCAGUACAUUUUUUAAUUAAUUUUUAAUUUGUUUAAAAAGUUCAUCUAAAGAACUAGUUAUGCACAAGUUUGUUUUUGAGUCAUUGAGUACAUUAACAUGGUAUGUAGGGUACAAAAUAUAGGAACAGCUGUCAUGUUAACACUAUUACAACUCUGUGGCUUUAAUGGAAACAGGACACUGGAAAACAGCACAAGUGUUUUUCUGUUGCUGGUUUCAUUUGGUCCAGUGAGACACUUUCCCCCAUAGGGGGCGCCCUUUUAUACGGUUAGAGCUCGAGCACAAC